AUAAAACAUUAGGCAGUAAGUACGUACUUAACCACCGGGCACAACAAUGGUACGUUCGUCUGUUGCAAAAUUCCAUCCGAAUUCGCGUCGCGUUGUUCUCUUCUAGUGAUGGUUAAAAUGACAGUGUUGUAUUAUUGUGAACUAAAUAUUUUUUGUGACUGUUGAGAACUGUUUGCAAUGUUUUUAUGCUGUCUCUUCUAUGCUGUAUACUACUACAACUGCUGCUAGAAUGAGGGUACUUUUGUUUGUUACCGGUUUUAUUCUAAUGAUACCUUUUACUCCUGCAAGAAGUCGUCCCCCCGGCUUAUUAAGAAUUGGAAACAUCAAUGUGUCCAAAGAAUCAUAUCCGGGCGAGACUACCGGAUCAUCCGGUCGUCAUUUGUCCAAAUCAAAAAAAACUACGUCAAGAAGGCAGCACAGGAAUCACGUUCCUGAUGAAGACGAAGCCGCGGAUGAUAACUCGAAAAAGCACGACGACUUUAGCGACUUGGUCGACUAUUUAGACCUAGACAGUGCCGAGAAAGAAAAAUACAGAAUCGAAAUCGACCGUGGUCAUUCAGUUGUCGGCAGUGAAGAAAAGGACGAUAAGUCCAAUCCUACGCUGGGCCAGCUAAAAGGGGUUAAAACUAGGAGAAAUACCACCAUACUAGAACGAUUCCAUUUUAAAAUAUCAAAAAGAGAACUUUAUGCCAAAGAUGAUACAACAAUCGAUGAUCUACUGUACAAUUUAGCAACAGAACCAAUUCUUCAUGUUUCUCAAAAGACUGGCGGAACCCAAUUGAAACUUGUAAUUGACUACCCGAAUAACGUGCAAGCACUUUUUAAACCUAUGCGGUUCCCCAGAGAGCAACAGACUCUGCCGAAUCAUUUUUAUUUCACGGAUUACGAACGACACAACGCCGAGAUAGCCGCCUUCCACUUGGACAGAAUUUUGGGUUUUAGAAGGUCCGUGCCAGUGGUAGGUCGACUUCUAAAUAUGACAAGCGAAAUAUACCAAGUGGCCGAUGGUGAUCUACUUAAAACAUUUUUCAUUUCUCCGUCCGAUAAUUUAUGCUUUCAUGGGAAAUGCUCCUAUUAUUGUGACACUUCUCAUGCAAUUUGUGGCAAUCCCGACGAAUUGGAAGGCAGUUUUGCAGCAUUUCUACCGUCUAAGGAAUUUGCUCCGAGGAAGGUAUGGCGUCAUCCAUGGAGACGUUCUUACCAUAAAAGAAGGAAAGCACAAUGGGAGACAGACAACAAAUACUGCACAUAUGUCAAGGAAAUUCCACCCUAUGAUCAAGGAAGGCGGCUUUACGACCUAAUGGACAUGGCCGUACUAGAUUUUCUUAUGGGGAAUAUGGACAGACAUCACUAUGAAACAUUCAGAAUUUUUGGCAACGACACAUUUCCUCUUCACUUAGAUCAUGGUAGAGGUUUUGGUAAGCCGUUCCACGACGAGCUUUCGAUUCUUGCACCGAUUCUUCAGUGUUGCAUGAUAAGACAGAAAACCCUAUCGACGCUUCUAGAGUUUCAUAAUGGUCCCGACAAACUGAGCGAGUUAAUGCGAAAAAGCAUGUCGAAGGAUCCAAUUGCACCAAUCUUAUGGGAACCGCACCUCGAAGCGCUCGAUAGGAGAGUGGAAAUAAUUCUUAGGGCGGUCAGGGAAUGUCUGUCCAAAGGGGAAAAUCUUAGUACCAACGACGAGGAUGAAGACACGUAGCGUUUUUACGUAUUUUAGUUAAUAGGGGUUAAUUUGGGUUUAAAAAAAGUAUGAUAUGCACAACAUUUCUCGAAAAUUAAUAAAUAUUUAUAACCUGUGAAAUAUAAUAAGUAUGCAUAGUUACAACAUUUACUUACAAAGUAAAAAGGGUGUUUGUUUUUAAUGAGAAACGUUGAUGCAAAUCCAAUGAUAUUUAUUUGGUCUUUAAAAACCAUUUAACUAUUUGUAAAUAUAAGAGGGAUUUAGUUUUAGAAUUGACUUUCUAUAUUUUGUAUAACAAUGAUUGUAGAUAACGAAAACCAAUGAAAUGUACAGUUCAUUUAAUUAAGGGUUAAAAUGUGGGUCUUUAGUUGUUGAAAAUUCAUCAAAAUUUUAUAAAUUGUUUGCAUAAAAUAUCUAACAAAAACACUAUAAUUGUAAAAUUUUAAUAAGUCGAUCAAGUUCCGCAUAAUUAAUUAACAAAAUAUCCAAUGUUGUUGAUAGCACUAUUUCAGUAAGUCCAUAUUUUUAAUAUCUAUCAAAAAAAAAUUACAAAAUACUGUUCAAAAUUCUACGGAAGCUUAUUAAGCUUUUACAGAAUUAUAGUGGUUAAUUUUUAAUUUAUUUAUAAGUUUAAUUUAUCCUAGUCACAAAUUGAAGCGGCAUAAUUAUCUAAUUAUUAUCUAUAUAAGAAAGAUACCAUAAAUUGGUGAAAUGUAUUUGUUAUAUUAUGUAUUGUUUCAGAAGACAGAUACUUAUUCGAUUUGGAAAAUGUGAAAAAUUUAUUGUGCUUUGAAAUUUAAUAAAACAUUGUUUUCCCAAAA